CUUCUACCCAUUUCUUUACUCUCCCUUUUCUCUUCAUUUCUUCAUUUCUUCAUUUCUUCAUUUCUUCCCUUCUGGGUUCUCCCCUUUUUGCAUUCCCAUUUCUGGGUUUUCGCUCAAUCUCUUCGUUUUCUUCAUCUUCUUCUCUAUUGGGAACUUUUGAAAAUUGAAACCAUGGAUUAACUGCCCAUCUCAUUUAAUUUUCCCCCUUUCCUCUCUGUACCUGUACCACUACCAGCCCCCACUGAACUGGAGUUAUUGCUUCUUCUUCCUCUCUUCGUACAACCCCAAAUCUUCUACUCUGUUGCCCUUUCCUUUUUCACCGAUUCUAUCCUGAAUGUGAACUGCCCCUUUAACUCGAUUUUCUUGUGGGAACUGAGACAAGAAGAUGGAGUCCUUUGCUUCUGUUGUUCUGCUUCUCUCUUUGAUUUUGGGGGUUUUCUUGUGGAGUUGUGAUUCUUUUUCUUCUAAUGAAGUCUCGGCUCUCAUGGCCUUCAAGUUAGAAAUAUUUGAAGAUCCAUUUCAAAUCCUCUCCAACUGGAACAGCCCCUAUGCAGAUCCUUGCUUAUGGUCUGGCAUUUCAUGUUCUCCCACUCGGGACCAUGUCAUAAAGAUAAACAUUUCACACGCAUCCAUAAAAGGGUUUCUUCCACGAGAUUUGGGUCAACUUAGCUACUUGGAAGAACUAAUUUUGCAUGGGAAUAAGCUGGUUGGUACAGUGCCCAAGGAGUUGGGCUACUUGAAGAACCUUAGAGUGUUGGACAUAGGGAUGAAUCAACUCACAGGUCCAAUUCCUCCAGAGUUUGGGAAUUUAACCAAAGUUAUGAAAAUAAACCUCCAGUCUAAUGUGUUGACUGGUAAGCUGCCUUCUGAACUUGGAAAUUUGAGAUACCUUGAGGAACUAAGGGUGGAUAGAAAUAAGCUGGAAGGAACUGUUGCUGCUGCUUUUGGCCAUUUAAAUCAUACUGGAAUGUAUGUGUCAAACAUGAACUUGAAUGGAUUCUGUGGCUCAUCUCAGCUAAGAGUUGCUGACUUUUCAUACAACUUCUUUGUUGGGAGAAUACCCAAGUGUUUCGGGUAUCUUCCAAGGUCAAGUUUCCAAAGGAAUUGCCUUCAAAACAAUAGCCCGAAGCAGCGUCCUUCAUCGCAAUGUGUCAAGACCAAGAGCCAUCCAGGAAGCAACAGGCGGAGCCCUCACCAAGCGACAUCGAAACCUAUCUGGCUUUUGGCCCUUGAGAUAGUAACAGGAACUUUGGUGGGUUCUCUCUUCCUGGUUGUUGUUCUCACUGCAGUUCAGAAGUUCAAUCGAAAAUCGUCCAUCAUAUUGCCCUGGAAGAAAAUUGGAAGUAGAAAGUACUAUUCUCCAGUGUAUAUAGAUCCUGAGAUUUUGAAGGGUGUAACGAGAUUUAGUCGACAAGAGCUUGAGCUAGCUUGUGAAGACUUCAGUAACAUAAUUGGCUCGUCUCCGGACAGUUUGGUAUACAAGGGCACGAUGAAAACUGGAUCCGAGAUUGCGGUUAUCUCGAUGAGCAUGAAAGAAGAGCAAUGGACAGGAUACCUUGAACUCUAUUUUCAGACAGAGGUGGCAGAUUUGGCUCGAAUCAACCACGAGAAUACAGGAAGAUUACUGGGAUAUUGCAGAGAGAGUAGUCCAUUUACAAGGAUGAUAGUUUUUGAGUAUGCAUCAAAUGGCACAUUAUACGAGCAUCUUCAUUUUGGAGAAGCCUGUCAGUUGUCUUGGACGAGACGAAUGAAGAUUAUUUUAGGCAUCGCUCGUGGACUUGAGUAUCUUCAUACAGAACUCCAACCUCCGUUCACCAUCUCUGAGUUGAAUUCCAAUGCUGUAUAUCUUACAGAUGAUUUUUUCCCUAAGUUGAUAGACUUUGAAAGUUGGAAGACGAUUCUUUCACGAUCGGAAAAGAACUCGGGUACUAUUGGCAGCCAAGGUGCAAUCUGUAUUCUUCCAAACUCGCUGGAAGCACGACAUCUGGAUGUGCAGGGUAACAUCUAUGCUUUUGGCGUUCUUCUACUUGAAAUAAUCAGUGGGCGGCCUCUGUACUGCAAGGACAAAGGGAACUUGGUAGAUUGGGCCGAGGACUAUAUCGAAAUGCCAGAAGUGAUGUCUUACAUCGUCGAUCCCGAGCUGAAGCAUUUUAGAUACGAAGACCUCGAGGUAGUAUGUGAGGUGGUGAGCCGCUGCAUCCAUCAGCAGCCCACCAAACCUCUAUCGAUGAAGGAACUCUGCAGCAUGUUAGAAACAAGAAUUGACACCUCCGUUGCCAUUGAGUUCAAGGCAUCUGCUUUGGCAUGGGCGGAGUUUGCCCUCUCAUAGAAGUGAAGGGUGGUACAUAUACAGUUUGAUAUACACAAAAGUUGUAGCACUCCCUUUCCCCUUCUAAAUUCCUUGUAAAUAUUCAAUCCUAGGUCAGGCUGUAUAACUUCUAGAAUCACAAAGUACGCCAAUAUCAAUCUUUGAUCAGUGUCAUUUAAUCAUAGAUCAACAAUGAAGUUUAACAAAUUUGUUCUCUGC